AUGGGCUCCGCCGCCGCAGGAGAUAACAAUGGAGGAGGCCGCCCCAGGUCCUCAGUCCUGAAGAGCUUCAUCCACCGCCGUAACCAGUCCGAAGGCUCUGCACUCUUGACCUCCCCGCCCUCCGUCCAGGUCACCACCACCCCCGCACAACACAUCCAGACCACCUACGCCCAACUCGAAGGCAGAAUGCCGCCCCCUCCUAUCCGCACCGAAGGCCUGGGGGCCCUCGGCGAGCUGAACAAUAACUUCCAGAAGGACCCCGUACCGCGUUCCCCCCGCAAGGACGACGACCGUGACCGCUCGCGCUCCCCGACGAAGUCCACCUUCGGCAACAUGUCCUUUAAGUCUUUCGCCAAGGACGCACGGAAAUCACGCGACGUGUCCCCCGAGAAGCCCAAGAAGACGAAAUCGAGCACGAACCUAACAGGUUUCCUGUCACGGCCCCGGUCGGCCAUAUCCCUCAACAAGAACCCGAAGGAGGAGGAGGAGGAGGAGCGUCGCUCGGCUAAGGACAAGGAGAAUCGCACGCCUCCGAGCUCGACGUCGAGCGCGGACAUGACGGGGCCGGCGCCGCCAAUCUACGCACAGUUCUGCAGCCAAGACCUUGGGAACAAUGGGUUGCGCGGCAUGACAUCCUUCGAUGCGGGUAGCGGGCGAUACGGAAGCGAUGCCUCGAGCGAGGUGAAGAAGCAAAGGCCAAAGUCCUACCAUCCAUCCACCGCUGUAUCCGAGGCAAAAUCGACAUCCGACCUGUGUAGCGGGUUGACGACGAACGGCCGCGCACCCUCUGCCUCUGAAAGAAUCAAAAGCAAGGUACAGCGGCCGAAGCUCUUCACGGCCUUUUCCGCCAUGGGCCACAGUACAAAGUCCAAGGGGUCCGAUGCCUCUUCCGACAAGACCAUCGACCCCAACGAGAUCGAUUCUCAUCUGGAGGCCAUGCUUGAUCGGCGCAACAUUCCCGAGAACCAGCGCUACAAAAUGCGUAACCUGGCAGACACCAUCAAGAUGGAAUUUAUCCGACAGGAUUGGGCAGAGAUGGCUGCCAAGGAGCAGGCAGGUACCGCCGAAAGCAACGAGUCCGCCUCCGCCGUGACUGGAGGUUCAGAUCGCGAAGAGACACAGUCUAAGCGCUCGAGGGGCAGAAGCUUCACGCUCUCGCGCAAGAAGGACCCUGCUUCCCCAACCAAGAAGUCCAAGGGCGAUGGGAGCACCAUCGGUCGCCACUUCCGAAGCAAGUCCUCCGACAGCGUAGUGAGCGACCGGCCCGUGUCGGCAAGUUCCACGGCGAGCAACGGCAUUCUUUCGAAGAUCAAGUUCGGCCAGGGGCCGGGCGACUACGUCUCGUAUCUACGCAAGGUGCAGAAGCCUGAACUGGUUGAGGUCGGGAAGCUGCACAAACUCCGGCUGCUCCUGCGCAACGAGACUGUUUCGUGGACGGAGGACUUCAUUCGCCAAGGUGGCAUGGAAGAGAUUGUCGGGCUGCUGAACCGGAUUCUUGAGAUCGAGUGGAGGGAGGAACACGACGACGCCCUACUCCACGAGAACCUACUAUGCUUGAAGGCCCUCUGCACGACGGCACUGGCUCUACAAUAUCUCCACUCCAUCCACGACGACCUUUUCCCCAAGCUCCUCCACAUGCUGUUCGACCCCGAAAAGAAGGGUCCCAGUGAGUUUACUACACGCAACAUCAUCACAUCAGUGCUAUUUACGUAUAUUGAAACGGCUUCUCCCGCGGAGCGGGUUGCUCGCGCUCAAAAGGUGCUGUCGUUCCUGCGGAAUCCCCAGCCCAAAGAGGAAGAGAAGCCAGUCGGCUUCGUGCUGGAAAUGCGAAAAGAGCGCCCUUACACCGUCUGGAACAAGGAGGUGGUCAGCGUCACAAAGGAGGUCUUUUGGAUCUUCCUGCACCACCUCAACGUCAUCGCCCUGCCAUCCGAGAUGUCGACCAAGGGCGGCGCGCCGCUCAGCGCCAUCACGAACGGCGCCCAAGAACCGUACGGUUUCAUGAGCAGGCACUUCCCCUCGGAGAGACCGCCCGUUCCGGCGGCGCCUUAUGUCGGCGGAGUUGAAUGGGACGCGACCAACUAUCUCGCCUCGCACCUCGACCUCAUGAACGCCAUCAUCGCGUGCACGCCGACAGCGGCGCAGCGCAACAACCUGCGCAACGACCUGCGGAUCUCGGGCUGGGAGAAGGUUCUCGGCGGCAGCCUACGGCUCUGCAAAGAAAAGUUCUACGGCUGCGUGCACGAGGCCCUCCGGUGCUGGGUCGCGGCCGCCACCGAGGACGGCUGGGACGCGCGGGACGUGCGGUACGGCCCGCCGCCCGAGUCACGGAACACUAGCCCUGCGAAGAAGACCAACGCGGCCCAGAAGGCCAAGGCACCCGAGGUAGCGCCCAAGAUCGAGAUGCCCAAACUAGAUUUCGGGCUCGACAACCACCGCGUCACGCCGGUCAGGGAGAGGGAUGUCUGGCUGUCGUGA